AUGAAUGACGUGCAAAAUAUAAUCGAUCGCCAAUUAGGCAUUUUUUGCCGCUUCAACUACGACAAUAUUCUCAAACGUCUGGUUGUAAAUAGUGAAGAGUCUUUCUAUGGCCUACAGAGCACAGCCUUAGCUGCCAACUUUGAACAGGAUCCGCCUAUAUUUGCGUGUCGGUUUUCGGAAGCCGCUGGUUAUGAACACAUUCUCGCUCUUGCUAAUGAAGACGGGCGAGUUGCUAUCCAGGAUACAUCCAACAUGAAAGCGGCAGGUGCACUGGAAGGGUUUCAGUGUCACAACAACGCAGUGUUUGAUCUCGCCUGGAUGCCCUCGCAUAUGAACUUCGUCACAGUGUCAGGAGAUCACACUGCCUGCCUCUGGGACGUCGCGGAGGGGGCGCCAAAAAGGAUAUUAGUCUUUUCAAAUCACACCAGAUCAGUCAAAACUGCAGUGUUCCCGCCGACAAAUCCUUCUGUUUUCGCGACUGGUGCUAGGGAUGGUCACAUUUUACUUUGGGACAUUCGCGCUAGCAAUCAACCUGCGGUCGUGUUGAAACCAGAUAACUGUCUUAUGAAUUGUCACUCCAGUUUCACUCCCAAGACCCCGAGCUCCCAUGGCAAAAGACCACGUUUAGAUAACCAUAGGGCAAUAAGCAUCACCGGUCUCGUCUUCCAGGACGACCUGACGCUCAUAUCCUGUGGGGAAUGUGAUGGUAACAUCAAAGUUUGGGACCUGCGUAAGAACUACAACAUCUACAAAAGAGAACCUCUACCGAAGCAUUCCAUUCCCUACUGUGGGAGCUCCGCUAAGAACGGUUAUACGAACUUAAUAAUUGAUGAUGCAAAAGUCAGGCUUUAUGCGAGCUGCAUGGAUAAUGUGAUCUACUGUUUCAAUAUAUCCACGUACAGUGCAGUCCCGGAACAGAGGUAUAUCGGUCAUGAGAAUAGCACAUUCUACAUCAAAACCAGCCUCAGUCCCGACAGCAUGUAUCUAGUGAGCGGAAGUAGUGAUAAGAACGCAUAUAUCUGGAAUGUCAAGUACUCUGAACCGAUCGUGAAACUAGCAGGACACUGGGCAGAAGUAACUUGCGCUGCUUGGUGUCAGAAAGGGGACACGAAGAUAGUCACAUGCAGUGACGACGCAAGGCAUAAGAUAUGGAGGAUCGGCAGGGAGUUUGCGGAAAAGGAUAUGGAAUUGAAAGGUCAAGCUGAGGUAGUUCCACGUACUGACAUCACCAGUUUGCCCAAAUGGGGUGCUUUGGAUAAAACACCCAACUCACUCAAACGGAAAUUGUUCACCACGCCAGGUUCUUACAGUGCAAAGAGGCUCAAACCGCAAGAAAAUAGUUCUAUAAGAAGGACAAAGAGAUGUCUAACGGAUUUGAUGAACUCUUCAAAGCCAAUAGAGGCUGAUGAAGCAGAAUUAUUAGUUAAAAGACUGAAACUAGAUGUUCCUUCAAUUCCAGAAAAUGAGGAGCCCAAAUUGCUACCGGCUGGAUUGAAACGCCACAGAGACAGUGCAGAGAAAACUCCUCCUAGCAAAAAGAUGUGCCUAUUCGAAUCCGACCCAUCCAGUUCUAUAACAGCCGAUUGGGGCUACAUACCGCCCAAAGCGAGCACCUCCUUCAUGACACCCACAAAGAAUUAUGAGAAGAAACACUGCAAACUGCUGUCCCCAAAAAGUCCUAAAACUAUAUCGCCUGCCUCAUUGCCAUUUCAGUCACCAAUAAAAACUCCUCCGAGUAAAGUGAAAAUAAUUUCCUUCUCAACGCCGACGAAAAAUUUGCCAAACUUUGUCCUUGAUGGGGAAGCGCCUCACUUGAGACUGAUGUCGCCCAUGAAGAAGAAACAGGACACAACUAAUUGGUUAACGCUCAUAGUUAGAGAAAAGAAAGGGAAGGAAGUAAGUGACAAGGCGAGUCCAAACGUACCGCUCAGUCCCAAGGAAAAUAUACCCACGCGUAGAAAUUCGAACGCCGAAAAAACACCUAAAUCCAGCGGCAGAACGAAAACACUACUUAAAUAUUUCAAUGUUGCCACUAAAGACAAGAAAGUGUAG